CUCCCGCUGGCUGCCCACGGCUGGCGGAUGGGUGCCGCUCUCGCAGCUGUCAGACGUAGAGGGAUGCAAAGGAAGAAGACCCCACCUAGUCAGGAUGGUGUCUGUCUAUUUGGCUGCCUCUGUCUUCGUGGUUUCAUUGGUCAUGGCGUAGGAGAAGCCGGCGGUGGUGCUGCUGGCCUUGCAGGUGCCCAUCAUCGCCUUGACGGUCGGGAUCAGGGAGCUGGUAGGUAGGAAGGACACACACAACACAACACAACAGGGGCAGGCCGAGCGACAGACAUGGCGGCAGAUGCAGAUGGGGAAUGUCUGUGUGCGGUUCGAUUACCCGAGGUAUUCGGCUGACUUCUUGACGGUCCUCGGGCGCUCGGGAUCUUUGAAGUCGAUAUAAGUCAGACCGAACCUGGGAAGGCGCGCACACAGAGGGAGUUGGGUGGCAGCCGUGUGGGUGUUGUGCUGGUACACGCGCACCGCACCGUUUGUCAUAUCCGUCGGCCCAUUCAAAAUUGUCAAGGAGCGACCAUGCGAAGUAGCCGAUGACGGGGACACCGUCCAUCAUGGCCUUGGCCAUCUCAGAGAGGUAGUCCUGGUAGCAACGACAUUGACCAGUAGGUAUGUCCCUCCCUCCCUCCCUCCCUCCCCGUGUGUCUGUCUGUCUGUCUGUCUGCCUGCCCUGCCUGUGUGUCCGUGCGUCGAGUCGACACGUACCUGGUAGUAACCAAUCCUGGACUGGUCAUUGAUGAGGAUGUCGGUAUCUUCGCUCUCCUCGUCAGACGUGCCUGUACUCACAACACAACGGGGGCAUGACGACAUCCAUGUCAAUCCCCGUGUGUGUGUGUGUGUACCAUUUUCGGUGACGAUGAUCUCUGAGGGAUUCCACCGGGCCUUGAUGUACCUGAGCAGUCGGCUGAAGCCCCAGGGCACCACGUACAGCCACUUGGAGGCGGCCUUGGGGCCGAUCGACACCCCGUUGCGGAAGCUCGUCUCGUGCAGGCCAUACUCCUUGGUCGAAUCAACGUACCUGCACACACACACAGACACACCGAAUGGAUGGCGAGACACGUGUGCAGGAGGUCUCCGCCCGUCUGUAUGGUGUUGGUGUGUUGAUGCGUGUGCGUGUGCGUGUGUGUGUGUGUCUGUGGGCGUACAGGGAAGUGUAGUGGUUGAGUCCGAAAAAGUCGGCGGACCCCUUGACGGCUGCCUUCUCCUCGGUGGUGAAGACGGGCAUGUCGUCGCCGUACUGAGCCUUCAAGCUCUCGGGGUAGUCGCCAUUGCCAAAGAUCUGACCACACAAGACAAGACACCAGACGUCGCUGCUUGGCUGGCUGGGCCGUGUGUGUAGGUAGCGUGCGUGUGUAGGUAUGUACCGGCUCAGCGAACCAUCCGAGCUGCGAGUCCAUCUCUGUCUCGACGAGAGCGACGUCACCGGGGUUGCUUGCGUCGAGGGGCGCCCGCCACUCUGAGUUGAGGGUGAUGCCGAUCUUGGCGUCGGGACGCUGGUCCGCGUAAAACUCCUUCCAGAUCGAAUACGCCUGCCAAACAGAACACACGUGUGAUUGCCAUCGUCUGUCUGCCUCUUGUGUGUGCGCCGCUCGCCUUGGCGUGAGACUUCAGGACGUUGUGGCCACACAUGAGGUGGCCAGUGUCAGAAACGACGCCAGGGGCAUCUGUGGGGGGGGGGGAGGGGACAGACACACAAGGGGUUGUUGAUGUGUCCGUCUCGUCUCGUGUGUGUGGUGCCGCUUACGCGUUCCCCAGUGGUAUCCAAGUUUGCAGAACACCCAGAUCUCGUUGAACUGACACGCAUCACAUCACAUCACAUCACACCCACACACAAAUGGCUCUGGCCUGUCCACGCCUCGGUGUGUGCGCGUCGCUCCAUCCAUCCCGCCCCUUUGCUCACUGUGAGCCAAUACUUGACGUCCUUGAGCUCCCAGAACAUCAGGUCCGCGUACUUGCCGAACGCAUCAACCACCGUCUCGUUGCGCCAGUCGAGAGUGCUGCAAGUGGGCAGGCCAGAACACCCAACAGACAGGUAUCAGCAGUGUCCCUUCUCCCGCCUGACAUCGCGCCGCUUACGAUGGCAGGUCCCAGUGGUAGAGGGUCACGACUGGUUCGAUGCCCGCGUCGACCAGAGCCUUCGUCAGGUCCCGAUAAAACUUGAUGCCUACAAACAGCACAGAUGAGCGGACCGGCUGUGUGUGUGCGGUGUGCGGUGUGGCCAGCAGACCUUCUUCGUUCUUUUCGCUGCCGUUCAUGACGCGUGGCCAUGCGAUGGAGUAGCGGAAGUGGGUGAAGUUGAGGCUCUUCAUCAGCUUGAUGUCGUCCGCGUACUUGUGAUAAAAGUCGCACGCAACAUCGCCCUGAGAGAGGGAACACAGCAUCAGGCACACAGACCACCAGUGGGUGCAGGUGCAGAGACCCCAUUUAUUGUGUCGAGAUUAGAAGAGCCUCCUUGUGUGUGCGUUGCGUACAUUGUCGUUGUUUUUGAUCUUGCCGCGCCCCUCGGCUUCGCUCGUGUGUGUGAAGGUGUCCCAGUGGCUUGGCACGCGCCCGCCCUCAUUCCAACCACCCUCAACCUGCGACCAACAAACAGAGAUACAGAUACUGCCUGCGGGUGUCUGCGGGUGUCUGCGUGUGUGUUGGGACCUGGUAGGCAGCCGUGGCUGUGCCCCACAUGAAGUCCUUAGUGAGGACGCCGUCCUUCUUGAGUUUGCCGAUGGCCGAUGCCAGCUCCUGCGCCACGCUCUCCUCGAGGUCAAGCCCGGCGUUGCACGCCACGUCGCUGCCCUGACCCAGGGCGCCUGCCACGAUGGACGUCACCAGCAGCAACAGCAUCCUGACGGAGCAGCGGCCCAAGACACCCAUUUAAGCGACAGGGACAGGCUGUG